GUAAGAGUUAGAGAACUAUUGCAGGAUCAAUCAGAGAGUAAGAGUUUUUUCUUGGACACCCAUACCAUAUCCUAAAGCUAAAUAGGUGAGACCAAGCAAAGACGAACCAAGAUGGAUCAGAUCGUUAACGUGAAUGAGUUUCAAGAGAUGGCGAAACGGGCUCUCCCUAAGAUGUACUAUGAUUACUUCAAUGGAGGAGCAGAGGAUGAACACACUGUCAAGGAGAAUGUGGAAGCUUUCCAUCGAAUCAUGUUUAGGCCUAGAGUCCUUGUUGAUGUGAGCAAAAUAGAUAUGUCUACAAGCGUAUUGGGUUACCCUAUCUCAGCUCCCAUCAUGAUAGCUCCAGUAGCACUGCUUAAGUUGGCUCAUCCAGAAGGAGAAAUAGCCACAGCUAGAGCUGCAGCUGCGUGUAAUACGAUCAUGAUUGUAUCAUACAUGUCUUCAUGCACUAUUGAGGAGGUUGCUUCAAGUUGUAACGCAGUUCGGUUUCUUCAAAUAUAUGUGUUCAAGAAACACGAGAUUGCUCAGAUGGUGAUAAGAGCUGAGAAAGCUGGAUUCAAGGCCAUUGUUCUGACUAAUGCUCCUAGAAUUGGUAAAAGGGAAGCAGAUAUAAAGAACAAAAUGAUAUCUCCGCAGCUGAAGAAUUUUGGAAGUUUAUUUCCAACCGAAGUCCAACCUAUUAAAGGUUCGGGACUCGAAACCUUGUCCUCCACGGCGCUGGAUUCUUCGUUUGGUUGGAAGGACAUCGAUUGGCUAAGAUCUAUUACGAAGUUGCCAAUACUGAUUAAAGGAAUACUCACACGUGAAGACGCUCUUAAGGCUGUUGAAGCUGGUGUAGAUGGAAUAGUUGUAUCCAACCACGGGGGUCGCCAGCUUGACUAUUCACCAGCUACAAUAACUGUUUUAGAAGAGGUUGUUCAUGUUGUUAGAGGGAGGAUUCCGGUUUUGUUUGAUGGAGGAGUAAGACGAGGAUCAGAUGUUUUCAAAGCUCUGGCACUCGGAGCACAAGCUGUUAUUAUAGGGAGGCCAUUAGCCUAUGCACUUGCAGCGAAAGGUGAAGAUGGAGUGAAACAGGGGAUCGAGAUGUUGAAGAAUGAGUUUGAGUUAACUAUGGCACUUUCUGGUUGUCCCACCAUUGGUGACAUAACCAGAAACCAUGUUAAGACCGAGGCUGAGAGACUUCACUCUAUGCUCUGAUGUCUCAAAAACUUUAAACAACUAUCAAGGAAAGUGAUUACUUUGCGUGGCCUUUUUGUUGUUUGUUUGUAUGAAAAGACAAUGAGAGGAGGGUUUUCUGAAAGAUGAUCAACUAUUUGAUAAAUAAAUGGUCAUAAAGGGAACUUUGAUC